UUAAACACCCUGCAUGCAGUGUGUGGAGCAUUAUCAUAACAUCUAUCCGUGUUUCUUGUUCGCAUUAUUUGGAUCGAGCAAAAUAAAUAAAUAAAUAGACUAAAAUCCAGAUCAUAAAAAGGAUUACAUUCUGAAACAUAUCGGACUUUCAGUUCCAGCUAAUAAGAGCGUGCUGAAGAACUCCUGAAUUUACAUCGACUAGUACUAGCGUUUCGUAUCCAGAGUGUUCGAGAUCUACAAACGAUGGUGGAAGUUUUUUCUGGACGAACUCUGCUUAAUAAAGACGGGGAACUUGUAGAUCCCGAAGAAGUGCUGAAAAAUAAAGUUGUGGGAAUCUACUUUUCUGGCGGCUGGUGCCCGCCGUGCCGCGACUUCACCCCGAUACUCUGCGACUUCUACACUGAGCUGGUGGAGGAGAGCGAGCCACCAGCUCAAUUCGAAAUAGUGUUCAUCUCAUCUGACAAGUCGCCUGAAGAUAUGGUGGAAUAUUAUCACGAUAUGCACGGAGACUGGCUGGCACUGCCGUGGACUGACCAGUAUAAAUAUGACCUGAAGAAGCGGUACAACAUAACGGCCGUUCCCAAGCUGGUCAUCGUGAAGGAGAACGGGGAGGUGAUCACAGACAAGGGCAGGAAGCAGAUCCGAGACCAGGGUCUGGCCUGUUUCGGGAGCUGGCUGGAAGUGGCUGAGGUCUUCCAGAACUUCAAAGGCUAGAGGAGGAUGAGGAGGUCCACAGCAUACAGCAUCCCUGCAGUGAAUGUUUCACUAGACUUGAGUGCUGUGUGUUCUGGUUGUCACACAGUGCUCACCUUUGACAGCAGAACACAAGUCCGUUGGCAGGAUCUUUCUGUGUGCUCUGGGCUUUGCUCCUCGUCCAGAUCAAGAUGCUCUAGCCGUUCUUCUGCUACUAUCUGGUUCUUCCCCGAGCUUGGAAGUGUAGCAUUACUUUCCACAGCUCUCUUAAACAUAUUUACACCGUCCCAAAGCCACACUAACUGUACUCUGUUAGGUGGUCAAGGGACAUAGCUUGCUACUAGCUAAUUUCACUGAGGGCCAACAUUUCCAGGGAUGCUUCCAAAGACUACAUAGAUGUAUUUUAAACUGCUUGUAUAUUUUAUAUUCUGUUUUAUAUAUGGCCUGAUAUGAUGCAAUUAUAAACUCCUUUGAUGCUUU